AUGUCGCCCUCAAAUAAGAUAGCGCAAGUUCCCUCUCCGCCUCUCAUCGUCCCACCUCUGCGAGACCACAAGACAACUCUGAUAAUUCUCCACGGGCGCGGCUCUACCGACGAAAAGUUCGCUGAGCCACUACUCAAGCAUAUUUCCCAAGGCCUGCGCGAAACAAGCGCCUUCUUACAUGACUUGUUGAAGGAGGAGAUCAAGACUAUAGGCGCAAAGAAUGUUGUCUCUAUGGGACUCAGUCAAGGAUGUGCAGCUAGCAUUGUAUCGACGCUGUUAUGGAAGGGUGAGCCCUUUGGAGCAUUGGUCGGCAUGUGUGGCUAUUUGCCAUUCCGCAAAGGCAUGCAUGAUUCUGUGGAGGAACCAGAAGAUGAAGAUGACGAUGCGUCAGUAAGGUCAGAUGAGGAUGCGGAAGACAUGUUCGAGAAGGCUGUCGGAUGGCUGGGUGAGGAGCUAGGGACAUGCGGGAGCGUAAGCGGGGAGCAUGAUCAGCCUGCAAUGCAGUCGAUUCCUCUCUUCAUGGGCCAUGGGAUUGACGAUGAGAAGGUUCCAUGUAGGAUUGGCAAGCUGGCAGCAGAAUUCCUGACUACUCUGGAUGUGAGUGUCACAUGGAAGGAGUACGAGGGGUCAGGCCACUGGUAUUCUGACGACAUGCUGCGAGAUGUUGUCGAGUUCCUGGAAAACCUGGAGGCAUAG